GCCAGAACUUUAACUAUGGUUGUUGUGUUCCAACAAAACGUAGUUUCAGUUUUUGGACAUCUGCAGCCAUGAAAGGAAAUGUUCUCAUUCAUAUUCAAACGCUGUAAGCGAUGAUAUGGUUUGAUGACGUUCGAUGUGCCGUAAAUGAUUAAUCAUGACUGUUUGUUUAAUUGAUCAUUUGCCCAACGCCAAAGAGGGUUUGUGGGAAAUACAUUGCAGUUGGUGAUUAUCGCAAUGGUGCGCAAAAGGCGAAGCGUUCGCACGUGGCCAUCAUACACUGCGACAGUUUCAAAACCGUUUGCGCAGAAUGUUAAUAAGCUAAUCGCUAUCAGGAAGAACGCUUAGGUUUUUGACGAUGAUGGGUGAUACUUAAGGAGCAGUGACGUAUAUCAGUAAACCAAUGUGAAACUUCCUGGAACACUUCGGUACUGGUGUCGGUUCUCUCAAAUGCGUUAAUGAGAUAGUUGGACGCUUUAAUUAAUAUUUAAACUUUUAAAAUCAGAAAAAAACCACCUGGCUGUAAAGUUUAAAAGUGAAGUGCGUCAUAGCAUGGAAAGCACUGUUUCCUCGUUGGUUCUUCAGCUGAAUUAACGAAGUUGAAAAGAGAAAAAGGAACACUACAGGUGGUCUUUUAUGGUCAUUAACAGUAGUUAAUUAAGAAUAUGGUUGUAGUUUUUUUUCUAUUCUUUUUUAUGGACUAACAUGAAACGUGCCUAGCUUUAUUCGGAGAUAGAAAAAAUGUCCCAUAGAAGUGGGUCUGCAAACUAAAGAUAAAGAGAUCAUCAACAGAAAUCUUGCAUCUAGCUCACUUUCACGGGAAAAUGGAAUCAGCUGUGUUUACUAUCCUUAGGAACAAACAUCGUGUCCCAUUCCAUCCUAACCAACCCACCCAAUUCUUGGACGUGAUAUCGAUUUUCGCACCGUCGCAUCGUCCGGCCGAGACGGAGGAGCGUGUGGGUGUAAAUGGGACUGGGAAGAGAUAGGCGCGACGACAUCAUGUCGGUCUCCCUUUCCAUUUUAUCGAUCCCUGGCAACGCGCAGCACAGACACACCGAAUGGAUGACCGAUGGGAAGGGUGAGAUUUUCUCUGCUGGUUUUCCGCGCGUUCUCUGCUGAAUGCUGCUUAGUUUCCAAUUUUUCCAUAUGAUGUAUCGGGAGAAGUUUUACGCUAGAUAGGAGAGUAAGAGAACCUUGUGCAAAAUUUCGGAGAGCUAAAAGUAUAGCCAGAAAGGUAUCUAAUUAUAAUCGCCAAUGUAUGGACCGGUUCGAUCGGAAAACUUUGUUUACAUAAUUUGUAUCAUAAAACAUUUAACCGAUUUUUCUAUUUGCUGAACGCAUUCCCUACAUCGCGCUGCCUCUUAACGUUAACAGUCCGAAUUGUCGGUCUGGUCCUCCCAUAACCUUGCACGGUAGAGAGUCAUCCCUUCUGGCGGUGGUGAUUGUGUGUUUUCCCAACGGGUGAGAGCAGAGCGAAACUUCUUGUUUGCACAAUUUUGCCAUCGUUUUCAGCUUUUCCAUCAGUGUGCUGCAGCAGACCAAUGCCAGUACCCGGGUUCUACUAAAACUGCUCAGGAACCGAAACAACGAAGUCGUGCUAUUUUGGGGUAGUUUUGCCAUUAAAGUUUAGUGCAAAGCUGGCGAAACAAAAAAAAGCCUGUGUGGAAAAGUUUAUAGUUACCAACAUUGUUGUUUUGCGUUUAGUCUCGCGGCUUGAAGGUCGGUAGAAACUUAAAGGGAGAAAAAAGGUCAAGGGACAAAGAUGGCCCCGAACGCAACUGUUGAGGCAACCGGCGUACUGAACGAGCUUGACGCCGAAACGAUCGACGGAGGUUUGGCGAAGGAUGUGACCCCUCUGAAGCGUGCAGAAAAGCGCAAGAUAAAGCUGGUUUGGAGGAACGUAAUUGCAUUUGGUUACCUUCAUCUGGCCGCUAUUUACGGUGCCUUUCUUAUGUUGACUUCGGCCCGUCUCUAUACUAUCGCAUUCGCAUUUGUACUGUACGUCGUAUCCGGGCUGGGAAUUACGGCGGGAGCUCACCGAUUGUGGGCCCACCGAUCAUACAAGGCGAAGCUGCCCCUGCGUAUCAUAUUGGCCGUGUUUAACACGAUCGCGUUCCAGGACUGUGCGCUGCAUUGGGCCCGUGAUCAUCGGGUGCACCACAAGUACUCGGAAACCGAUGCCGAUCCGCAUAACGCCACCCGUGGAUUCUUCUUCUCGCACAUCGGUUGGCUGCUGUGUCGUAAGCACCCGGAAGUCAUCGCCAAGGGCAAGCAGCUGGACAUUGCUGACCUAGAAAGCGACCCUGUGCUGCGCUUCCAACGCAAACACUAUAUGAUUCUGAUGCCGCUGGCCUGCUUUGUUCUGCCUACAAUUACUCCGGUGUACUUCUGGAACGAAACCUGGACCAAUGCGUGGUUCGUUGCCACGCUGUUCCGUUGGACAUUCAUUCUGAACGUGACCUGGCUGGUGAACAGUGCUGCCCACAAGUGGGGCGAUAAGCCGUACGAUAAGUCUAUCUCUCCCUCGGAGAAUCGCACAGUGGCUUCGUUCGCUUUUGGCGAAGGAUGGCAUAACUAUCAUCACGUGUUCCCGUGGGAUUACAAGACGGCCGAGCUGGGCAACUACCGAAUGAACCUGACGACGGCAUUCAUCGAUUUCUUUGCCAAGAUUGGUUGGGCGUACGAUCUGAAGACGGUCUCGCAGGAAAUCGUGGAGAAGCGCGUCAAGCGUACCGGGGACGGUACCCACGCGACCUGGGGCUGGGGCGACAAGGAUCAGGAUCAGUACGAGGUGAAACACGCAACCAUAAUCAACCAGAAGGAGGAUUAAAGUAAACGCAAGCAGGAGGGUAGUGUUACACCGUCCGAGAACAAUAUGGUGGAGAGUGAUGGUACUGAAACAUCUUGGGAAGAAUUCAGAGAGCUCAAAACUCAUUUUCGAUGCGAAGCUGAAGGAGAAGAAACCGCAGACGAGAGACUAAAAUUGUAAUGCUGUGUGAUAGAAAAGAGAAAUCGAAUGAGGAACAACAAAUAGUGGGGAUGGGAACUCGCAAUUCUAUUGAGAAGAAGCGAGUGAUAAACAAAGGGGAGGGGGGGGGAGGGUAAGGGGAGAAGAUGAUUUACAAAAUAAUGCUCGAAGCAAUGGUUUAACAUCUAAAAGGCUGGUUCACAUAAGUUACAUACGUUUAAAAACACAUCCCCACUCCAAACGCACUACCGAUUAGGAAAACAUUAACGGAAACUAAAAGCCGUACAUUUUGGUCAGAUUGUCACUGCACCGGUCGUUACGCACCACUAGGCGUACCACGCAGAUAAUCGAUGCGAUAUUGAAAAGGAAACAGGGUAAUGUUAGUAGGAAGGAGAAACAAAGGUUUGAAGCCUCCAUCGUAAUGCACGGCAUCUAUCCAUCCAUUAAUCUAACCCAGUUUGUGACAGAAAGAUUAACUGAAGCGAUCAACAGUAACUCACCUCCCAACAGCAAGGUUUUGUGAAAGUAACUGCAGAUGGCGCAGAAGUCAAAAUUUACAUCUUUGUCGAGUGGUGGGCAUACAGCGAGCGACAACUACUUUGUGAUAGAAGGAAAUGUUUAGUGUUUUUUCUUAUUUUGUUCUUCAAGAUGAGCGCGCUGAGAGGAGAUAAGCUUCCCAUUUUCUGCCACAUCCUUCUUUUGGAUUAGUAAUAUGCCCCCACACAAAUACGAAUGUACACACACACGGUUUAAAACGGAAACUAGUGAAUUUUCCAGUAUAGUUAGGCGCGUGGGGUGGGCAAGUUUUUUUUUGGUUAAAUAGUUUGUAGUCAGAGAGAGAGAGAGAGGAGAUUGGGGGCGCAAAUUCUGAAACCGAAGCAGGUUGAUCGUUGUUUCGGUGGUUCAAUAUGCGUAGAUAUAAGUUAGUAAUUUAUUGUUUAACUCCUCCCUCUGCGAGGGGUCACACAUUAUGCGGUGUACUACCGCGGCCAUGCGAGGACGUUUUCUCUUCGGGAUCAGAAUUGUUCGUUAUGUUCUUUUAUCUUGGCGUGUGGCGAGUGGGGAAGACUCCACUAUAGCUUUCGAGAAUGUGUUUGAUUGCAAAAGUUCGUUGUUCCAUUGAAGAAGCCAGCAUCAGCAGAAAUUGUUGCACUGGUGACAAAGCGGGCAAAUUACAGUAGUAGAUGCAGAGUUGGAGAUAUAGGCAUACAGUUCAAUUGAUUGAAGAGACGGCUGAAUUAUCCAAGCAUGUUUGUGUGUAGGGUUUGAAAUAAAAUUGAAUCAAAAGCGAAUAUAUAGAAUACAGACGUAAGCAUUGAUUACUGUACCUGAAGUCCGGUUCCCUGGACCAAGGUCAUGAUAACUCAGGAAGCGUGACUGCAGUACAUAGUUACUGUAAACAAUUUAA